AGUUCAAACUCCGCACCACCUCCGUCGCAAAACCCCCCCAGCAACCCGUCCCUCCAUGAUUUUCCUCCCACCCCGACCUUUGUGGCCAAACCUCUCCUGUGGCCUCCUCCAAAUUCUUCACAGCUCGACAUGACCGGUUUCCGCCGCUGGGGAAAAGCUAAAUUCCAAAAGAACCCCGAGUCGUCGUUCAAGCUCCUGACCGCCAUCAUCGUAGUAACCCUCUAUCUCUUGAUAAAGGAGUUCACCCACCCGAGCGCUUACCUGCGCAGGCCUUCGUAUGGCACGAGAGUACAGUGUAGUGAUUGGAAAAAUGGCACGGGAAGAGCGGACAAGGAAAAGGCCGACAAGGUGCGGGACGCCAUGAAGUACACCUUUGAGAAGUAUAGGCAGAACGCUUGGGGGGAAGAUGAUAUUCUUCCCGUAUCUGGAAACCAUUCCUCUACUCGGAAUGGCUGGGGCGCAUUCAUUGUGGAUUCCGCGACGACGCUUGCGUUGAUGGGCCUGUGGGACGAGCUAACGCUUUCCGUGGGGCAUAUUAUCACCAUCGACUUCACCAAAUCAGAGGACCUCGUGGACCCUUUUGAGACUACAAUUCGGUAUUUGGGAGGACUUGUAUCGCUGGUCGAUUUGUAUGAUGCAGGUGUUAUCCCUGAGGAAGUCAUAGCCAUAGGGACACGCGAUCGCAUUCUCCAGCAGGCUGUUAUAUUAGCCAACACACUGGGUCCGGCCUAUGACACACCCACCGGUAUGCCUUGGCCUCGCGUGGACCUAUCAGUGGGGAAAGGCGUUCCCGAUCCUCCCUCCGUAUACGUUGGACACCCUGAGCGGAAACAGUACGAUCAGCCCGCCAUCGGUCCGGCUCGCACUGGCUCCUCCAUCCUCGAGAAUAGGGCUCUGACUCGACUGACUGGCAAUCCUGUGUACACGAAGAAUUCUACGAUAGCAUGGGCCCCUCUCGUAUGGUCUAAAUGGACACCAGCGUUCCAUGGCCUAGUUGAUGCGCCAAUUGAUAUUACGACUGGAGCUCCCGUAGGACGUGAGCGUAGCUGGGACGCUGGUCAUGACUCCUACUACGAGUAUCUCCUCAAGAUGACUGUUCUUGCACCUCCUUCUGACCCCUACCUCGAAAAGUACAAAACCACCUUCAUCCACGCUGUUCAAUCCCUCCGCAAAUCGCUAGGCACCCGCUCCGCCCCCGCGCCAAACCACGUCAUGCAGCACUCAUACAUUGGACGCAGUAACGAUAAAUGGUACCUCAAUCGACAAACCCACCUCGCCUGUUUUGCCCCCGGUACCAUCCUGCUUGCCUCAAAGUCAUAUGACAAGCCGGAGCUCGAGACCUUUGCUUUAGCCCUCCUUGAAGGCUGCCGCCACGCAUACGUAUCGACGCCCUCCCAGAUCAGUCCAGAGUCCUGGUCUUGGGUCCCAAAGUUUGGCUACGCAGACCCUAUCUAUAUGCCUGUGUCCAAGCGCUCCAAGCGGGAAUGGAGAAGAAGCGGAAUCUGGUCUAGUGACACAAAAUACAGGGGGCGACCAGAAUACGUUGAAUCGCUGUUCUAUGCAUAUCGCAUCACAGGUCAACCUCGUUUCCGCAAAUGGGCGUGGGACGCUUUCCAAGCUAUGGAGAAACACUGCAAAGCGCCGUAUGGGUAUGCGCAACUCUCAGACGUGUAUCGCGUGGACCCUGGCCAGUGGAGCGGAGACGGUACUGGUCGCUGGAUUGAUAUGCAGGAGAGCUUUUGGGGUGCGGAGACGCUGAAGUAUCUGUGGCUGACUUUUGCCGAGAGUGAUGUUGCAAGUCUAGAUCGGUGGGUUUUUACCACCGAGGGACAUCCUUUGAGGAUUAUGCGUUGA